GGAGUUUCCAAGGAUUACGGGAAAAUUCAUUAUCUCCACUGUACAAUAUAUCUACCUACUUGUGCAGUUCUUUCGUCUAACAUCAAUGACAAUAUUUAUUCUUUACUCUGCUUGAAGAAAAGCCUAGUUCAUGAACGUAGCUGGUCACAAUAUCUCUAUCUGUAUUAACAUGCAGUUUCUAUAGUUGUAGUCUAAAUUAAGGUUGUCUUAUCAAAUAAAAUGUCGUUCUAUAAACCACCGGCAUUUUACUAUCCGAUAAGUAUGGUCCUUGCGUUUGGCGGUGGCUCAUUACUGCUAAGGGAUCUGUUUAUCGUCGGUCCACCAUACAAGGGAGACGAAAGACUAGAUGGCAGGACUGUUGUCAUCACUGGAGCUAGCUCAGGAAUUGGCAAGGAGACUGCAAGAGCACUAGCCAAAAGAGGUGGAAGGAUCAUCAUGGGCUGCAGAAAUGUUGAAGAAGGAUUGAAAGUGAGAGAGGAGAUAAUCAAGGAGGCUAGAAAUCCAAAAGUUGUGGUUCGGAAGUUGGACCUAGCGUCUCUGAAGUCCAUACGUGAAUUUGCUGAGAAGAUUAAAGAAAAGGAAGACAGAGUGGAUGUAUUGGUGAACAAUGCAGGAGUGAUGCGGUGUCCAAAGCAACUAACAGAAGAUGGGUUUGAGAUGCAAUUAGGAGUCAACCAUCUCGGUCAUUUCUACCUGACCAACCUACUGUUGGAUAAGAUAAAGUCGUCGACAAGCAAGGCACAUCACAGUCGCAUCAUCAAUGUUACGUGCAAAGGUCACAUGGCGGGCAACAUCAACUUCGAUGACUUGAAUGGUGAAAAAAAGUACAACCCAGGGCAGGCGUACAACCAGAGCAAAUUAGCCAUCUUGCUCUUUAGUGUUGGGCUAAGGAACCGUUUGCGAGGGACCGAUGUGAAUGUCUACACUGUGAAUCCUGGACUAACGGCAACAAACCUUUCGCGUCAUCUUGGCAUGCAUAAUUUCUUCCUCUCAAGGUGGAUGGUUGUCCCGCUGUUUAAAUUCUUCAAGAAGACACCAUACCAAGCCGUCCAGACAAUGCAAUAUGCCACCCUGUCAGAAAACAUAGAAAAUAAAACUGGAACAUAUUUGUGCCAGUGCCAAGUGCUGGAAGCAGUGGAUCAGAUGUAUGAGAAAAAGACAGCCGAGCGUCUAUGGACGGUCAGUGAGAAGUGGACGCGGUUGCCACUUGCAGACCCCUUACCACCUACAGCCCAAGAGACACCCACAAAGAAAGACUAGAUUUUUUUACUCUGAUUAAUUUAGAAUUGACAAGAUUAAAUUGUCACCUAGUACAGAGCAUGUGUCACAGAGUAAAUGCUCAUUUAGAUUUCGUAUUAAUCUAUGACUAGGAAAUGUUUUAUUUGUACGUAUAAGUUAUAGGAAUAAAGCUAGAAAUUUUGUUAUCAUUGUA